GUGAAAGCGUUCGGUUGACAGUGCUCGAUGCGCUGGGUGAUUCUCCACGACGCGGACCAAGCUUUCCACAAACGGCACGUCCUGACUGCAGCUCAUUGCGUGGUUCGUUCCAAUGGCAAACCGAUGUCAACGAGUGACCUAUCGGUUCAUCUCGGGAAAUAUAAUUUUGGUGAUCAGCUAAGCCGGGUUCAGAUUAAAGUAGUUGAGAACAUCCACGUCCAUCCGAAUUUCUCCCGCAAUCGCCACGACAUUGCGAUCCUCGAGUUGGAGGAUCCAGUUAGGUUCAGUGACUACGUUAUCCCGAUUUGUUUGGGCGACUUGAGGGAGUCAGACGAAUUGGAGGGCGAGCGAGGGUGGGUCGCUGGAUGGGAGUUGACUGAAACAGGCGACAUCUCGGAGACGCUGAAAACCGCCCGGAUGCCGGUUGUCAACAAUACCGAGUGCUGUUUGGACGGUUUAUUUCAGCGGCUGUUUUCUGCGCUAGCGAUAGAAAUGGCACCAGCGUAUGUCUGGGAGAUAGCGGAGGCGGAAUGUACUUUAGUUCUGGAGGAUACUACGAAUUACGUGGGAUUGUUUCGUUUGCGGGGAAAACACCCGAAGGGAACUGUGAAACCAACAAGUACAUCAUUUUUACGAACGUUGACUACUAUCAUGGAUGGAUUCACGCCAUCACAUUUGGAGAGACAAAUUGGGUGGAUGUUCAUCAACCGAAACGGAUCAGCGAAAAAAAAUGCCUGGAGUAUGCAAAAUUCGCAAAGAAGGAAAAGAACGGCGUGUGUGAGAACAACAAGAAACCACAUGAGGUAAGACUGUUUAGUUAGAUGAUUGUUGUGCAUGUAUGUCAUAUCGGA